AUUAAAAUGCUGCAAAUGACUGGGGCCCCGCAGGCAGUCGCCGGCCGGCCGCGCGGAGUCCGGGUUCUCUGCGCGGACUCUGCGGAGCGACUCUCUGGCCGGCGCUUUACGGGCGGAGCCUGGGAGCAUGAGGCCCGCGGGCUGGGGGCUGAGCUGGGCCGCCGCCCUGUUCCUCGCAGCGGCGGGGACAGCAGUGGGGGACAAAUGUGGCCGAAACGAGUUCCAGUGCCAAGAUGGGAAGUGCAUCUCCUACAAGUGGGUGUGUGACGGGAGCGCCGAGUGCCUGGACGCCUCUGACGAGUCCCAGGAGACCUGCAUGUCUGUCACCUGCAAGUCGGGGGACUUCAGCUGCGGGGGCCGUGUCAACCGCUGCAUCCCUCAGUUCUGGAGAUGUGACGGCCAGGUGGACUGCGAGAAUGGCUCCGAUGAGCAAAGCUGUCCGCCCAAGACGUGUGCCCAGGAAGAGUUCCGCUGCCACGACGGCAAGUGCAUCUCCCAGGAGUUCGUCUGUGACUCGGACCGCGACUGCUUAGACGGCUCCGACGAGGCGGCCUGCCCCAGGCCCACCUGCGGCCCCGCCAGCUUCCAGUGCAACGACUCGGCCUGCAUCCCCGAGCUGUGGGCGUGUGACGGCGACCCGGACUGCAAGGACGGCUCGGACGAGUGGCCGCAGCGCUGCGGGGGCCGCGCGGCGUCUGCCCCCCAAGGCGACGACAACCCGUGCACCGCCCUGGAGUUCCACUGCCGCAGCGGGGAGUGUGUCCACGCAAGCUGGCGCUGCGAUGGCGGCCCCGACUGCAGGGACAAGUCGGACGAGGAGAACUGCGCUGUGGCCACGUGCCGGCCUGAUGAGUUCCAGUGCUCGGACGGGACCUGUAUCCAUGGCAGCCGCCAGUGCGACCGGGAGUACGACUGUAAGGACAUGAGCGAUGAGCGCGGCUGCGUCAACGUGACGCUGUGCGAGGGGCCCAACAAGUUCAAGUGCCACAGUGGCGAGUGCAUCACCCUGGACAAAGUGUGCAACUCGGUCCGGGACUGUCGGGACUGGUCGGACGAGCCGCUGAAGGAGUGCGAGACCAAUGAGUGCCUGGACAACAGGGGUGGCUGCUCCCACAUCUGCAACGACCUCAAGAUUGGCUACGCGUGCUCGUGCCCCGAGGGCUUCCGGCUGGUGGGCCGGCGAAGCUGCGAAGACAUCGAUGAGUGUCAGGAUCCCGACGUGUGCAGCCAGCUCUGCGUGAACCUCCAGGGCAGCUACAAGUGCACGUGUGAGAAGGGCUUCCGGCUGGACCCCGUCACCAAGGCCUGCAAGGCUGUGGGCGCCAUCGCCUACCUCUUCUUCACCAACCGCCACGAGGUCAGGAAGAUGACCCUGGACCGCAGCGAGUACACGAGCCUCAUCCCGAACUUGAAGAACGUGGUCGCGCUGGACACCGAGGUGGCCAGCAACCGAAUCUACUGGUCGGACCUGUCCCAACGGAAGAUCUACAGCACCCAGAUUGACAGAGCCCCCGGUCUCUCCUAUGACACCGUCAUCGGCGAGGACCUGCAGGCCCCCGACGGGCUGGCGGUGGACUGGAUCCACGGCCAUAUCUACUGGACGGACUCCGUCCUGGGCACCGUCUCCGUGGCCGACACCAAGGGCGCGAAGAGAAAGACGCUCUUCAAGGAGAAAGGCUCUAAGCCCCGUGCCAUCGUGGUGGACCCUGUUCACGGCUUCAUGUACUGGACGGAUUGGGGAACCCCCGCCGAGAUCAAGAAGGGGGGUCUGAACGGUGUCGACGUGUACUCGCUAGUGACGGAGGACAUCCAGUGGCCCAACGGCAUCACCCUGGAUCUUUCUGGUGGCCGCCUCUACUGGGUUGACUCCAAGCUCCACUCCAUCUCGAGCAUUGAUGUCAACGGGGGGAACCGGAAGACCGUCUUGGAGGACGAGAAAAACCUGGCACACCCCUUCUCCUUGGCUGUCUUCGAGGAUAAAGUCUUUUGGACGGACAUCAUCAACGAAGCCAUUUUCAGUGCGAACCGCCUCACCGGCUCCGACAUUAAUCUGGUGGCCGAAAACCUGUUGUCCCCGGAGGACAUUGUCCUUUUUCACAACCUCACACAGCCAAGAGGGGUGAACUGGUGCGAGAGGACCGCCCUCCGCAACGGCGGCUGCCAGUACCUGUGCCUCCCAGCCCCGCAGAUCACCCCGCACUCCCCCAAGUUCACCUGUGCCUGUCCCGACGGCGCGCGGCUGGCCGAGGACACGAGGAGCUGCCUCGUAGAGACCGAAGCUGUCGUGACCCCCCGGGGGACCUCCACGGUCACGGUCAGGCCAGCGGUCACGGUCAGGCCCACGGCGCGCUCCCCCACCGUGAGGACAACACCGCACUCCCCAGCCGUCAAGCCAAUGCUCACAGCCAGCCCGUGGUCCGAGGCCAGCCCUGAGCUCACCACGGCGGAGACGGUGACCGUGUCCCACCAAGCCCUGGGUGACGUGGCCAGCAGAGGAGACGAGGAGAAGCCGAGGGGCGUGGGAGCCCUGUCCAUCAUCCUCCCCGUCGUGCUGCUCAUCCUCCUGGGCUUCGGGACCUUCCUGCUCUGGAAGAACUGGCGGCUUAAAAGCAUCAACAGCAUCAACUUUGACAACCCCGUGUACCAGAAGACCACGGAGGACGAGGUCCACAUGUGCUGCGGCCAGGACGGCUACACCUACCCCUCGAGACAGAUGGUCAGCCUGGAGGACGAUGUGGCCUGAGCCGCCGCCCCGGGGCCUGUGCUUCCCGGAACCUGCUGCCCGGCGCGGGCAGGAAGAACACUUUCUCCCAGGACCCUUGGCCGGCCCUGCACCCUUCCUCCCGCUCCCUGCACGGAAAGAAGUGACCUCCGCGCUGGCAGCCGCCUGGCCUGCCUGCCAGAGCUUUGUUUUAUAUAUUUAUUCAUCUGGGCGGCAGAACGGGCUCCAACGGCACGCUCGCAGCGACUUUGGGUUGGGAUUCCCCCCCUUUCUUCUCACUGAAUUGGAGUGAAGAGAAGGCUGAAUGAGCUUGGGGGACAUCUCUGCCCUCUCCAGGGACGGCGCACCUCUCUCCUCCUGCGGCACUGACGGAGGGGCUCAGGGGGACAGGGGGCCGUGGCUUUGAACCGCCAGAGCUCCCACUACCCACAGGGUCCUGGGUAGCAGCUGCCGGACUCCCGACCUUCUAGCCCAAGCCCCCCAACUCAGGAGUAAAUGCGUUCACCUCUGCCUUGCCGGACGGCCAAGAGUUACCUUUUGCUCCCCCCCCCCCCCAAGAUCUGGAUCAAAUUAGGGUUUCCCCAGUGAGGUUCGUGCCCUUCCUCGAUGCCAGGACUCUGGCACUGCUGUGGAUCUGGCCAAAUCCAGCAUCCCCGGGGCUCCCCCCAUUCCUGCAAACCGCGACGGCUCCCAGGGAGAGUCUGAGCCCCCCGUUGCCCUUAAUAUUUAUUAAGUGCCUGAGCGGCCCCAUUACCGGUGCGUGAAGGCGGCGGCCGCCAACCUCCGGGAGCGGCCGGCAGUCUGCGGGCGGCCGUCUGGACCCCAGCUCCAGGUCCCCUCGCACUUUUUUAGUUCAGGGCUGUACCUUGUGUCAAGGUGACCUCCUUAUGAUUUUGCACUGCUUCCUGUUCCCGGGGGGAUGGGCACACCUCCCCCCCCCCCCCGGGCUGGGAGAGGGCCCAUGGCGGGGGGGGGGUGAGCGCGUGAUCUUGGGGGCCUCCCCCCCGACCCCAGCCCUUCAAAGUCACAAUCAUGACCAUCCAGCUCGUGUUCCCAUUCCACGCAGGCGUCCCCGAGCCAUUGAUUUCCCUCAAGAAGAGGGUUCGUGGUGGUCGUUUCUACGGGACUUCCGAAACCAAGCUCUCUGAGCUGAUCACACCUGCCACACUCAUGACCAAAGAAAGACGCGCCAGCCUCUGUGGACUCCUGGCUAGGGUCGUCCAGGGAGUGUCCGCUGGUCACUGCAUGGCCACUCAACACUGUGCCCUGCGCCGUAGGAGACUGUGAAAGCCUUCUCUCCGCAAGCACGUACCUAAGUCGCUGUACAGAUGGGGGGGCACUUUUUGUUACGUUUGCACUUUGUAUAGUCGUUAGACAUUUGUCACUUAUGUAUAUGAAACAGACCUAUUUAUUUUUGCAAACCCUGGUUGCUGCCUCUGACCCCUCUAGGGGCUCUGCUCUCGGGGGGGAGUGGUCUCUGAGAUGCCUCUAAGUUUUGUACAAAGGUGAUUCUUGCGGGCUUUGCGUGAAGCUCUGCGGGAGAAAUGGGUCCAUGCUGUGUAGACGCUGGGACGCUUUGGGGGGAGGGGAGCGGUUGGUUUGUGGAUUUUUUUUUUUUUUUUUUUUACAACCACUGUAUAGAAUGUUUUUAUAGCCUGAAUGUCUCACUGGGAUCGAUUAAAUUUCUUAAAUGAA